ACAAGUAGAUACCUUGAACUGCUUCAUGACAGAUCCUGUCUUUGAGACACAAGAAUCUUACCAGCCAGGAGACCUCUUGGUCGGUGGGAUUGCUUCACAGUUUGUGUUUUUUUCCCAGGAAUUUUCUUUCACACAAUAUCCUUCGGAGGAAUUUUCUGACUACAUCAUUGUGAUGACUAAAUUCUACCAGCACAUCUUGUCUCUGGCUUUUGCUGUCAAGCAGAUCAAUGAGGAUCCCAACAUCUUACCAAACGCCACACUGGGAUUCCACAUCUAUGACAGCUACAACGAUGUUCAGAUGAUCUACCGUUCCUCCCUGUAUCUUCUCUUCAGAUCCCAUAAAUUUGUGCCCAACUACCUAUGUGGAGUCCACAAAAAUAUAAUAGCUGUCAUUGCAGCUCUUUCCCCGAAGACAUCAUUUCUCAUGGCACAAAUCUUGAGCAUCACCAAGAUUCCACAGCUUCACCCGUUCCUUCAACACGUUUCGUUUAACAACUCAGCUGGAGAAAGAGUGUCCUUCAAUGACAAGAGGGAAAUGGUUUCCGGAUUUGAUAUUAUGAAUAUCGCUGUCUUCCCCAACAUGUCCAUCCAUAAAGUGAAAGUGGGACGAGUAAAUCCUGAUGAUGGCCUUGAAGGAAACAUAUUCACCAUUAAUGACAGCAUGAUUACAUGGGAUAAGAGCUUUACACAGGUGCGGACCGUUGAACAUACCUGGUGA